AUGUCUUCUCACACUGUUCUUCGUCACACAACCCGCGAUUCUUGGAAGAACAUCCAAACAUCCGUUGAGCCUCGUCCCAUUGUUGGAAAACAUGAAGUCCUCAUCAAAGUCCGCAGCGUUUCUCUUAACUACAGAGACGUUGCGAUCGCCACUAGCCAGUACCCAUUUCCCGUGAAGGACAAUGUGGUUCCGGGAUCCGAUGCCGCAGGCGAUAUCGUCGAAGUCGGCGAAGGAGUAACCGGGUUUGCGAAAGGUGACAAAGUUGUCGCUGCCUUCGAUCCAGCUACUCUGUAUGGACCUAUUAAGAACUGGCAGAAUGGCCUAGGCGGCCCUAAAGAUGGGGUUCUGAGGGAGUACGUCACGAUUCCAGCCCAAAGUGUGGUAAAGCUUCCUGAGUCGUCAACCCUUAGCUACGCUCAGUGGGCUAGUGUUGUCUGUACUGGAGUGACGGCUUGGAACGCUCUGUAUGGAAACGUGGCAUUGAAGCCCGGGCAGACUGUUCUUUUCCAGGGUACGGGAGGAGUGUCUGUUACCGGCGUGGUCUUGGCCAAAGCGGCAGGUGCGACCACCAUCAUCACAUCCUCUUCCGAUGAGAAGCUAGCCUACGUGAAGGAGAAGUACGGUGUCGAUCACGUUAUCAACUACAAAAAGACUCCCGACUGGGCAGCGGAAGCGCAGAAGAUCACCGGUGGCCAAGGCGUCGAUUUCAUUAUCGAGAACGGUGGCUCUGGUACAAUGAAACAAUCUCUGGAAGCGAUCGCGUACGGUGGAGUUAUUUCUUGUAUCGGAUUCUUGUCUCUUGCAUCGCAAGACCAGAUGCCCGACAUCGCCCUUCUUGCCUUAGGCAAGGGAGCUGUUGUGCGUGGCAUUAUGGUCGGCUCGAAGGAGAUGCUAGAGGAUGCUGUUCGCUUCAUCGGCAAGCAAAACUUGCAGAUUCCGGUUGAGAAGGUGUUCAAGUUUGGCCGUGAUGAGGUUAUCAAGGCUCUUGACUUCAUGACAAGCGGGCAGCAUAUUGGGAAGAUCUGCAUUGACUUUUAG